CUUAAGUGAUAUCGAGGGAUAUACGGAGAUAUCUGUUAUCGUCAGUUCUAAUGUUGUAGGAUAUGUGUACACUCGAAGCAAAGAGAUAUCUUUCAUUAUUUUUUUUUUAAAUAAAAGCUGUGUUUUUAUAGUUUGAUCAAUGAAAUUUUUGAUAAAAUAACAAUUGUUGAAUAUAAUAAGGAUUAUUAACAAAGGAUAAUAAAUUUAUUUGUCAUUUCAAUCGUUUUAAUGAAUAUGAUAUUUUCUUAGUUUUAUAUUUAUGACGAAGUAUUUCACUUACAAGUAUUAAAUAUAAACACAAUUUUAUUAAAGAUACCAUGCAAUGUAUUUGGAAAAGGACAAUAUGAGAUUAAUUAUAAUUUUAAAUAUUUCUCGUGGAUAACAAUAAGCCAAUACUCAAUAUGUUAUUCAGAUUAAGUAACUUUGCACGAAAAAGACCACUGCUCUUGAAUUCUAUAACAUAUGGCUUUUUUUAUACAUGCGCUGAAUUUGCACAACAAAUUUAUAAUAAAAGAUUCCAGAUUAUUCAACCGGUGUCCACAUAUGGAGUAGAACUACAAAAUAUCGAUAGACCAAUACUUUCGUGGUUACGAAAGUGCAAUAAUUUUUUAGGUUUAUUAGAUCAUGAAUCUACGAUGUCAACACAACAAUAUAAUUGGCCACGUCUUAAAAGAUAUGCUAUUUAUGGUUUUUUUUUAGCAGGACCAUUGUUGCAUGGAUGGUACAAAUGGUUAGAUACAUUUUACAAAGGCAAAUCUUUAAAAUUGGUUUUAACUAAAUUAUUUCUUGAUCAAUUUAUAUUAACACCACCAUUGGUCUGUCUAUUUUUUAUCAGUAUGAGUUUGAUGGAAAGUAAAUCUGAUAUAUUUGAAGAAUGUAAAACAAAGUUUCUUAAAACUUUUCAGACAUCAUGCCUAUUUUGGAUACCUGUACAGUUUUUCAAUUUUGUAUUAAUUCCUCCUACUCUACGUAUCACAUAUGUUAGUAUUGCAGCAUUAUGUUGGGUGAAUAUUCUUUGCUAUAUAAAAAAUGUGCCUUUAGUUAAAUUUAAUGAUAAAAAUUAACGUAAAAAUACGUUACUUUCUUUCUCUCUCUCUCUCUCUCUCUUUCUCUCUGUCUCUGCGAAGUUAUUGCUAUUAUUAAAAAUAUUACAAUAUUUGUAUCUUUGUUGUCUCAUUAUUAUUUAUUUUCUUCAGUUAUAGAGCAUAAGCAAAUUACUUUUCAUAUAUCUACAGAUAGUAUGACAUGCUGCUAUACUUUAUUGUUUAACACUACAAAGUAAAUGUAUAUAUUGGCAGCCUUUAUACAUUAUUAUUGUUAUUAUUAUUAUUAUUGUAUUUAGUAGUAGUAGUGUGGUAGUAAUAGUAGUAGUAGUAGCAGUAAUAGUAUAAUUGUUACAAUUAUUAUAUCAUUGUCAUUAUCAUCAUCAUUACAACAAACUUUACAAUAAGUCAGACAUGACUAUUUUAAAUAUAAUCUUUUUUUAUUAUUUUAUAAUAAUAAAUUUACACUGAAACUUUAUAAUUAUGUAUUUUGACUGAUUAUUAAAUUAUAAUUUUAUGUGAUAUCAGCAUUCAAGUAUCAGAGAUAAUUACACAUUAAAAAAAAAAAAAAAAAAAAAAAAAAAA